AUGUCUGAUGACCGCACCCUGCAGAGACCGAAAACCACAGACUCUGAUGACCGCACCCUGCAGAGACCGAAAACCACAGACUCUGAUGACCGCACCCUGCAGAGACCGAAAACCACAGACUCUGAUGACCGCACCCUGCAGAGACCGAAAACCACAGACUCUGAUGACCGCACCCUGCAGAGACCGAAAACCACAGACUCUGAUGAUCGCACCCUGCAGAGACAGAAAACCACAGACUCUGAUGACCGCACCCUGCAGAGACCGAAAACCACAGACUCUGAUGACCGCACCCUGCAGAGACCGAAAACCACAGACUCUGAUGACCGCACCCUGCAGAGACCGAAAACCACAGACUCUGAUGACCUCACCCUGCAGAGACCGAAAACCACAGACUCUGAUGACCUCACCCUGCAGAGACCGAAAACCACAGACUCUGAUGAUCGCACCCUGCAGAGACCGAAAACCACAGACUCUGAUGACCUCACCCUGCAGAGACCGAAAACCACAGACUCUGAUGACCGCACCCUGCAGAGACCGAAAACCACAGACUCUGAUGACCGCACCCUGCAGAUACCGAAAACCACAGACUCUGAUGACCGCACCCUGCAUAGACAGAAAACCACAGACUCUGAUGACCUCACCCUGCAGAGACCGAAAACCACAGACUCUGAUGACCGCACCCUGCAGAGACCGAAAACCACAGACUCUGAUGACCGCACCCUGCAGAGACCGAAAACCACAGACUCUGAUGAUCGCACCCUGCAGAGACCGAAAACCACAGAUAGUCUGGUGUCGAGAGAUCAGUGUAAAGCAUCUUCUUGA